AUACCUUGUAGUAGCACACUGCCUAUCCCGGGAGAAUGUUUUUGGCGCUGACCCACAUGUCAUCGAGCAAGACCACAUCCGCAGGGCCUUCUCCUUGCCUGAGCAGCUCCUCUUCCCUCUCCGGCAACAAUUACCGCAAACCACCGCCCCCUCACCGGCGGCAAUCACAGCGGCGCCAUAGCCAGUCCGAACGCCAAUGUCCACCGCUGCCUCUGCGCUCCGCCCGGCGCCGCGGUGGGUUGCGCCGUCGCAGCGCCGGCUCGUGGAGCAGCACCUGGCGUCACUGCCCCACGGCCUCCAGCGCCUCCACCACGUGCAGGAGCUCCACGCGCAGCUCCUCAAGCACGGUAUCCACCUCGACCCGCUCACCGCCUCCAAGCUUAUCUCCUCAUACGCGCUCCAGCGCCGCCUCCCGGCCUCUCGCCGCGUCUUCGCCUCCUUCCCCAAUCCUCACGCCACCACCUUCCUCCCGAACACCCUUCUCCGCGCCUACGCGCUCAAUGCCCUGCCCCACGCCGCGGUCUCUGUCUUCUCCGCCAUGCCCCAGCGGGACAGCUUCACCUACUCCUUCCUCAUCAAGGCGCUCUCCUCCGCGGGCUUGACCCCCCUCAGGGCGGUGCACUCCCACGUCGUUAAACUCGGGUCCAUCGAGGACACCUAUGUCGGGAACGCGCUGAUCGACGCCUACUCCAAGAACGGCGGGUUUUUGGACGCCAGCAAGGUGUUCGAGGAAAUGCCUAGCCGGGAUACCGUAUCCUGGAACUCGGCCAUGGCUGCGAUGGUGCGACAGGGCGAGGUGGCAAGUGCGAGGAGGAUGUUUGACGAGAUGCCGGAGAAGGACACUGUAAGCUGGAACACCGUGCUGGACGGGUACACCAAGGCUGGGAAGAUGGAGGAGGCGUUCGAGCUGUUUCAGUGCAUGCCAGAGAGGAAUGUGGUGUCGUGGUCGACGGUGGUGUCUGGUUACUGUAAGAAGGGUUACAUGGAGAUGGCUCGAGUGAUCUUUGAUAAGAUGCCAACCAAGAACUUGGUAACGUGGACGAUAAUGGUCUCGGCAUGUGCCCAGAAUGGGCUUGUUGAGGAGGCUGGACGGUUGUUUACUCAGAUGAAGGAAGCUGCUGUGGAACUUGAUGUGGCUGCGGUUGUGAGUAUCUUGGCUGCAUGUGCAGAGUCAGGCUCGCUUGCUCUUGGGAAGAGGAUUCACCGGUACGUGCGGACGAGGCAACUGGGGAGGUCGACCCAUGUGUGCAAUGCAAUGAUUGACAUGUUUUGCAAGUGUGGGUGCGUAAACCGGGCUGAUUAUGUGUUUGACACUGAAAUAGCUGAGAAGGAUUCAGUGUCAUGGAACACCAUAAUUGGGGGAUUUGCGAUGCAUGGGCAUGGAGACAAGGCGCUGGACUUCUUUGGCCAAAUGAAGCUACAAGGGUUCCGUCCUGAUGCUGUGACAAUGAUCAACGUUCUUAGUGCAUGCACACACAUGGGGUUUGUGGAAGAGGGACGCCGGUAUUUCUCCAAUAUGGAGAGGGACUAUGGCAUUGUGCCACAGAUAGAGCAUUAUGGCUGCAUGAUUGACCUUCUUGGUCGUGGAGGGCUCAUCGAGGAGGCUGUUGACCUGAUAAAAAGCAUGCCUUGGGACCCUAAUGAGGUAAUAUGGGGGUCCCUUCUCAGUGCAUGCCGACUGCACAAGAACGUGGAGUAUGCAGAAAUUGCAGUGAACGAGCUCAGUAAGCUGCAGCCCUCCAAUGCAGGGAACUAUGCUGUCCUUUCAAACAUCUAUGCAGAGGCUGGGCAGUGGAGUGACAUGGCAAAGGCAAGGAUGCAAAUGAAAGGAACCGGGUCUCAGAAGUCAGCAGGAUCAAGUUGGAUUGAACUUGAUGAGGCAUUCCAUGAGUUCACAGUGGGGGACAGAAAACACUCAGACUCGGACCAGAUAUCUGAGAUGGUUGAUAGGCUGAGUUCACAUGUUAAGGAUGUUGGCUGCCUUCCAACAGCUAACGAGCUACUUGUGCAGUGAGUCCUUUGCCAAGGGUAUGCUAAAUUGCUCAUGUCACAGUCACAAAUGUGAAAUGCUUUCAUGAGGUGUUAGCAUUGCACGGCGCAAUCUAUGUAAGCAAGCACCAGCUCCAGUGAAUCCUGCAAUCAAGAAGAUGCUGUGACUUGGUACAGAAUUACCCACGAUGGACUGGAAACCCAGACAUGUGUUCAAGCAUUUCUCAGCAUGUGCUCUUCUGCCAUCAGGUAGUGAGAGAGAUAUAAUUGUGUGCGAGAUAAGUUUCCGCAUAAAUCAGUAUUGAAGUUUUUUUAAGAGAUUUCGCCAAAUUUUAUAUGGAGGUAACAUGUAAAUGCAAUCUCCCUACAAUAAUCAAGGUAGAGUAUACCUGCCUUUUCCUUAUUUUCUCAGUAAGGCACCCGGAAAUCAAAUGUAUCUUCUUUUAGAGAGACUAUGCUGAUGCAUGACACACCCGGAAGCACAUCCUACCGAGCCACGAACAUAUAGCAAGUCAUAUCAUCCUGCAAUGGUCAAAUUAUCUAGCAAAUGCACCAAAGUAUACCAGCUAAAAAUCAAAGACAACUGAAAUCACAGUACACAACACAAAUUAUAAUGCACAAUAAGGCCCUGUUUGGAACAAAGGAAUUUUGGAGGAUAUGAUCCCUGUAGGAAAUAUUUCUUUGGUACCGUUUGGAACAAAGGAAAAGAUAUCCCUACAAUUAUUUGAAUAUUUUUUCAUAGAUUUUGGGUGUUUCUAAUAAAUUCUAUGGGCUGCAAACACCUCAACGGUGUUCCGAACACUAAGUUACCAACAUACACUUUCUGGUAAAAAAUAUCAUUUAGCAAAGAUCUUAGAUUGAAGGUGGUUAUCCUCUUUACCCCAGGAAAAAUUUAGUGCGUCAAUUUAUUUCUUGCUCUAAGUGCAUCGGGCUAAAUGACAAGAAAGUAUGACUAAAGAGAGCAAAGCUUUUUAUCUUUAGUUGGCUGAGAACCGCCAACAAAAACCAGUUUUAAGUUGUCAUCGACAUUGGAGUCUUCACUGCAUGGUACUGUACAUAAUAGUCUCAGUUUGCUUGAGAUGUUCUUUGAAGUGUAAUAGACCAUACUAAGUUUUAGUCUGGGUCCGAUCUUUCGCUUUCCACACCUCGCCUAGUUCCUGCCUUUCAGUCUUGUAACAGUACUCUUUAUAUAUAUAUAAGGAUUUUGAUUGACUGACAGAACAAGCCAGCUCAGAAUCUUUGCUACGUUGCAAGAGACGAUCAUGAAAUGAUGAAUCUAUUUUCAAGUGCUUCUUGUUUCUUCUUAACAUGCCUGAAAAAAGAGAGACAUAAAUAGGAAUAUCUUUGUUGGAGUACUAUAUAUAGUUGUGUAGCCUUUUGUAUUUCCCCAUUGUAUAAAGGGCUUUCUGCACAUUUUCUGCACUUGUGCAUGGCCUAUGACCCCAUUGAAAUACAAGCUGCAUCUGUAUAGUUUCUAAGCUCCCAGGAAUUACAGCGCUGUGGUUGAUCGAGGCUUUUAGCCGCUCUCGUGGCCCCACCUGUAACUGUAAGUGUAUAUGCGCUUUAGUCGGUUUGACCGCACGUCGGUUCUCUUCCCUUUCCAACCUAUCUGCUAGCCCCUUCCCUGAAUCCCGAUCCCCUUCCUCGUCCCCCUUCCACCGUGUCGCCGCCUCCGCCACCGCGCCUGCCUCCUCUUCGAUGUUGCGCCACACCCAGUUCCCCGUCCACCUUCGUUCCUCCCCGCGCCCUCUCCUCUGCGCCUUUGUGCCGGUCGCUGAGACUUGCCUCUACCGGUCUACGGUGCUGGCGCUGGCGAUCCGUUCCGCGCGGUGCUUGUUCGCCUCGGCUCGGCGUUCGCAAAUGAUUCUUCCUUAACCUCCUCUGCAGUGCCACUAACCCACUGCCGCGCCACCCGGCUCAUCUCUCGCUGUCCACGGCGAGGCAAUGGCCGGCGGCAGCGACGCGAGGGGCAUGUAGAGCAGGCGGCGCAGGAAGUUUCCACGGCCCUAGCCCAGCAGUAUGGUGGCGACGAGGGAGUUCGAACUGGCGAUGUGCUUGUCGUGAAGUGGGAAGGUCAUCAAUUCCAAAGCAUUGAUGCGCUUGAUCUGGUGGCUCUGUGCCUCAGCCGCACACCAACCCUACGACCACCAUGGCGAGCUUGGAACCCCUCCCUGCUUUAGGCUACAUAAUUAUCUUCCUAAUUUGCUCAAAGGUAUGUGUAUUGUGGCCCUCAGAAGCAGUUCUAAGAUUCUUAGUGUUAUGGUGUGAAUUGCAUAAUGAAUAACUCAAAAUGCAGAUCAUUAUUUUACAAUCAUUACUAUUAUAAUCUCCAUCUUCAUGCGUGAUAUGUUGCAUAUCCGCUAAUAAAAGGUCGUUUCUCUAUU